UUGCUCUAUGCCCUCUAUUUACAGCUACGGCUCUGAAUGAAUGAAUAAAAAACUUGGGUCUAAACCUAGAAAUCCCUGCACAUGAAUAUACAAAUGAAGGAUCCUAAGUUUACAUGGCAGUUACAUCCAGACCACAUGAUCAGGCCUCUCUCCACCAUCAGAUUCUAAUAGUUUUUACUCUCCUUGAGAUCCGAGUUACUCAUUUUUCGAUAAACUCACUGCUACUCUUUGCAAAGUAAGUAGUAGCCUUCACUCACCAAACCCAAACAACUCUGAUCUCUAUCUUCCUUGGCACAUCAAUGGCAGAUUAUGAGCCAACACAUCAUCAGACUCACCACCACCACCAUCACCACCAAACAAUCCCAAAGGAAACCGCUCUCCAAGCAUUAAACACCAUAAUUCAACUUCACUUUGAGAAGACCCUGGAAAAGAAGAGGGCUAUAGACCUCCAAAAGAAGGAGCUCCAUAAGCUUUUCCAGCUCUUCUUCAUCUUCCUGGGGCUUGUCUUCAUGGCUCAGGCUCAGUCUACUCGUCUGCAGUGCCGCCAUUGCUGGGCUCCCAUCACUCUGCUUUCGAUGUCCCAUCUCAUUUUCUAUGUCUCAGUGGCUCAGACCUUGAGGUGCAUCAAUGGGUUCAAGUACCAGAGGCGGUGCCACAAGCUGACUCUCGGGUUGGCUACAGAGAAGCUGAGAGAAAUGAAGUUGAGGAUCAACAAUGGCGAGUUUGUAGAUGGGUUUGGAGAAGAGGGUGAGUUUGAGAUUCAUUACCAAGAGCCUCCGGAGAGCUACUUUGCUAAGUUCAAGAGGAACUGGGCAUUGCAUUUUGGCUUCUUGAUCUUGAUCUAUGCCUUCAUGGUCUCUUCUUCUGUUGUUCUGCUUUGUUUUUAGGUGGUGGGUGAUCAUUGAUCAAGGUCUAUUUUUUUUUUUCAAAAAAAAAAUAUUUUAACUGAGUAUUUUUAGUGUUAAUUUAACGUUUAAACAGGCAGGAAUGUUAAUGAUAAUAACAACUGAUUGCUUUAUGUGAAUACCUUGGAUUCCUGAUUGGGCUCCUUGUUAAAUUAGAAAAAAAUUGAAACUGAUGUUGAUUAUUCUUACUUUUGAUGUUCUUUUUUCUUUAUGUAAUUUUCAUUUUUAUUUUUCCUAUCUACUACUAUCAUUUUUCUAGGGUUGUAAAAUUGAGUGUGCUUUUGAUAAAAGUUCCAAUGCGCAAUGAUGAAGGUAGGGUGGCUUUCUAUGGAUA